AUGGCUGAUGCCAAGCUCAAAAUUCUUUGCGUACAUGGAUAUCGUCAAAGCGAUAAGAUCUUUGCAGAAAAGACGGGUGCACUACGGAAAGGGCUUAAAAAAUUAGCAACUUUCACAUAUUUUACAGCUCCGCAUCAAGUGUUACAAGAUUCUGAUGGAAACGAUUGUAAUGAUGACGGUCAAUUUGGAUGGUGGUUCUCCAAAGAUAAUAGGACAUAUAGCGCCUUGCAUGUUGCGGAUAUUGACCUAGGAUAUCACGAAUCUCUGCAAGCAUUUAGAAAGUUUUGCUUAGAUACCGGACCUUACGAUGGUGUACUAGGUUUUAGUCAAGGUGCUUGUAUGGUUUCUAUUAUCUGUACUUUGCAACAACGUCAAAUCCUUGAUUUGCCCUUCAACUUUAAAUUUGCAAUCAUCAUGGCUGGUUUUAAAUCAUUACUAUCUCCUCAUCUGCAAUUUUUCACUGAUCAGAUUGUAUUACCGAGUUUGCAUGUUUUUGGCAAAGCAGAUCGAGUUAUCCCAAUUGAACUUAGCCAAGAACUAGCCAAAAAUUUUAAAGACCCAACAUUAAUUAUUCAUGAAGGUGGACAUUUUGUGCCUGCUGCUGCGCCGCAAAGAAAAGCUUAUAUGGAAUUUCUUCAAAAGUUUAUUUAA